AUGAGCUCCCAACACUCUCAGCACGAUGACGAAUCUGUAGUCGAAAGCCAGUCGGUAAAACAAACACAACCUAGUUCGCAGGGUCUUGACUUUGGUCGCGAAAUUCAUGAGAAUGUUUGGGGAUCUUUUUAUCCACUUGUGAAGGAUAUGAAAGAGGUCAACCUCUUCAAACCUAAACUUACUUAUCGUAUCGGUCGCAGCUUGCACAAUGAUGUCGUCUUUCCGGGCUACAAGAUCAGCAACAAGCAUGCUGAGAUAACUUGGGAUGGAAGAGAGACAAAAGAUUCAAUUAUCAUGUUGAAAGAUAAUUCUAGUAAUGGGACUUACGUCAAUGGUCAAAGGCUGGGGAAAGGGGUUUCGCGGAUCCUCCCUGAUGGCGCUGAGGUCGCCUUUGGUUCACCAGGCCCCUCGAGUACCCAGCCCGCUGAGGAUUAUCGUUUCAUUUUCCGGCAUACCGCCAGCGGUCAACAACGGGAAGACGGAUUUUAUGGAUUAUACGAUUCUCAUGAUCAGCUCGGUCGAGGAACAUUCGCUUCUGUGGUAAGGUGCUUGGAGCGUAAAACUGGAAUUUUAUGGGCCGCCAAAAUGUUCAGCAAUUUGUUGACGGGAGGUGGAAGCAGCAGUCUGGGCUCUAGAUCAAACGAAAAGAUGGUUUCUCGAGAGAUUGGGAUCUUACAAACGCUCAGUCAUCCGAACAUCUGCUUCCUCAAAGAGACGUUCAUUACUGAAGAACGCAAACUAAUCCUAGUCUUGGAGCUUAUUGAAGGUGGCGAUCUAUUGGAAUACAUUCUUUCUAGUUCGGGUGUUAGCGAGGAAAUAACACAACAUAUCACUUAUCAAUUGUGUCUGGCGCUAUCAUAUGUCCACAGUCUUGGGAUUACCCAUCGCGAUUUAAAACCCGAGAACAUUCUACUUACCAAAAGCAAUCCGCCUGACGUUAAAGUUGCGGAUUUUGGACUUGCGAAGGCCAUCGACAGCCAAACAAUGUUGAAGACUAUGUGCGGAACUCCUGCUUAUCUUGCGCCCGAGAUUGUUAUGCAGACGAAUAUGCAGGGUUACGAUAAUUUGGUGGAUAGUUGGAGUGUCGGAGCUAUCGUUUUCUCCAUGCUCACGAAUGCAAGUCCUUUCAUAGAAGACGAAAAUCAGCCGGAUAUUCGUGUGAGAAUCAGUACUCGUACGGUAGACUGGAGAAUUCUCAGAGAGAAGACUUCUAAUCCAAUGAGCAAGUCAUAA